AUGAGGCUGGUCACGUUUGGUGGCAAAAACAUCGUGCGUAUGCCAUCGCAUUGCAGUUCCCCUUCAUCUGGUGUAACACGCGCUCUCAAUGGACCAAGUGAAGACUGGGUGCGACGAACCUACUCUCCCACUGCCAGCCCCAACAGCAGUAUUCUCAAGAGGCGGGCUGACCCUCAACCCCUCAGCCCAGACUGCUCACCUCCCUCGAACAAGAAGAAACGAGUGAGUUUUCUGGAUCCACCUGUCUCUGAGAGUCUUCUGUUUUGUAAAAGAACUCCUGGCAAAGGACAAAUUCAAAGGCCUGAACCAAAGCAAGAGAGUGAGAGUGAAGAUGUUCCCUCACAAGGGUCCGUUCAGCUGAUUUGUCCUGUAGACGAUGCCAAGAACCAGUUACAGGCCAGUGUCUACUCUCCACUGAAACAGUGUUCCGACCCACUCUCGACUGUGCUGGAGAGGAUUGUGUCAGUUCAAUGGGCCUCGGAGCUAGAGAGCCAAUUACUGAGACUAGGUGUGACAACAGUUGGGCAGCUGAGUGCACUGACAGGGGCCACAGUGGAGAGGUUGCCCUUCAUUCCUCCUAAACUAGAGAGGCUGAGGAAAAUACUGCAGAAUUACGACAAUGAAAUUAAUGAAAGAGAAGAAAGUUCCAAAACUGAAUGCAUGUCUUUAGAUGAAGAAGAAGAAUGUGUUACUCCUCCUAUUGAUGAAAUUUCAAAUGCUAUUGCACCAUCAGAAGAGGCAGCGCCUUCUGAGUUUGAAGCAUCGACCAAAAUACCGUUGAUGGCAGGAAACACAUCUUCUAUGGCAGAACAGAUAAAAAGUAGUAUUGAGUCAAACCCAGAUCUUAUCAGUGAGCUGGGACAAAGGUUAGAUGUAGAUAUUAUUAUGUCCAUUUUAAAAUGUGCAGUGACCAAACUGAAAACACAAGAUGACACGAGGUAACACAACCUUCAUAAAAUGGUGCACAAGCUGCUAAUGUACAAAUUGUUGUAAAAUAUUUUAUUUAAAUAUAUGUAAACUAGGUGUAUUUCAUUCGUUUAAUACGUGUAUGAAUCAUUUUUCAAAUGUAUUUUAUUGCUUGUUACACUUAAAAUUAUUGUACAGUAAACAUGUUUGUAACUGGUUAGCGAACCCAUCCAGAUUUAGAAAUAAUCAUUGAAAUGAUUCAUACUGCUGUUAGAAUGACAUGACAAGUAAAACAUGCAAAAGUAUUUACUAAACAGCAAUUAAGUGUUUGAUACUUACAUAAUAGAGAUUUCUUAUCAGUUUCUCAUUAAAAUAAGACAGUUUUAUAGCAUAAAAAUAAUUUUACAGAUAUUUAUAAUGGUUUUUAAUUGUUUACCUGUAGAAAGUACAAUUAAUUCCGUUGAAUAUUUUGUAACAAUUUACUGGUUAUAAUUGUUUACUAAUGCAAAGUAAAUAUUAAACAUAAUUUUCUUAAAAAUAACAAUUCUAUUAUGUUCUACUCUCUAAUUAAAAUUUCAAAUACAAACACAUAUCAAGAAAUAAAAUAUUUAUUAAUACUUAGUUUUAUAACUUGAACCACUUAUAUACUGUAAAUCUUGUAAAAUGUUCUAAAUAGUUAUAUGUAGUUUUUUUAUAGUUUUGGUUUAAUAAAGUCUGCAAUUAUUAAUACUUGUUCGGUAACUGAAAUUUGUGUUUUUUACAUGCUUUUGGAAAUGUUUUGUAUCUUAAUUAAUGCAGACAAAUUUGUUUAGAUUCAAUUUGGGUUUUAUUGGAGUUCAAGGUAAUUGCUAGAUUUAUAGCUUCCAAUUAACUGUGCAUAGUAUUUAUUUAUAAUGUAUACUUUAUAUACAUUUAUUUAUUUUUUCAUCAAUUAAAGGUUCAGAUACCUUUAAAAUUAGGUAGUUUUGUUUUAUACCAAUGGCAAACAAUGUAUUUUGUAAAAAAAAUAAAAUUAUGAUAAUUACAGUG